AUCCAGUCAACCUCGCACUGCCAUCAUCCUACCGUCUCUUCGAUGAUCGCAAGGAUUGUCCAUCUCAGACGCUCGUCAGCGUGAAUGCGACGCUGUCCUCCAUACCUUUCAGCGUCGACUUGAAUCCGCCUGGCACCAUACGCAUCCAUGGUGGCCUCCUCGCCUCUCCGCAUUUGAGUCCCUCCUCCUCCUUCCCUCGUAGUCAUGCCCGGAGCCAAUGAGGCAGAGUCCUCUUCGGCCGCUAUGGCUCGGGCUGCGGAGCAAGGCUCGACUAGAUACCCACCAGCAUCACAAUCGCAGCCAUCCGUCCGGCUGGCGCCAUCGCCUUUCGCAGAGCGAGACGGGAUGCGCAGCAACCAAGGCGGCGGCGCAUUCACUGGUGUUUUUGGACGAGUCUUUGGUUCUGCGCAAACAUCGUCCAGCCGGAUUGUGCCUCAACGCCAAGAGCGAAGGACGUCCAAUGCCACCACACAUAGCCAUGCCAGCAACAAUAGCAAGCAUCACAAGAAGAAAAGACGCGGCAUCCUCUCCAACCGGACGAGGGAAGAAGAGAACGAGCUCGUCGUCCUUCAUGGUCCUUCGCAGACGCAGACGACCACAACUUCCACCGCAUCCCAUCGCACGUCUGUCGAGCAUCAACUAGGCAUUCCUCCCCUCGACGAUCCCAUCGUCCCGCCAGCCCCCAACGAAACGACCAGCACCGCUCUUGCGCAAGCCGCGUCUCGAAACGCCCGUAAAGGCAGACCCAAUAAAGCAGGGCGUCGCCUCAAGUUCGCGCCGGAGCAGAAGAGGGUGCGCAAGAAGGACCUGCCCGCUGACUUCGAAGACGGCGAGGUGUUCCGUGGUCUGGACGAGUUCAUUGCGGCCAAGCGCGCAACGAGGAGACGGGAGCGUAGGAGAGGGUCGGGUAGUCGACACAGCAAGGGGAGCAGGAGUAGCAAAGCGAGCAAGAGUAGCAAGGGAAGCAGAAGCUCGGCGGCUACGUCAAGCGAUUCGAGCAGCUCGAGCUCAAGCUCGAGCGGGUCCAGCGCUUCAGGGCGUGGCUUGACUCUGAGCCGGAUUAGAGCCUUCUUUGGAGACUCGUCGUCGUCCUCGUCAUCCAGCAGUAGCUCGAGCAGCUCAAGCUCGAGCUCGUCCUCAUCCAACAACAUCGGUCAAGCGGAUGCAACGUCCAUCGCCAGCAGCGAUGGUGGGGCCUUCUCCCUCGCCCGCUUCUCGAGGGGUCGCACAAAAUCGAGCACAGCUCGCUCAGACCGAUCAGGCUCGCCAGACAAUACUUUCGACUCGAAUGGCCGACCUCUAUCACCCAAGUCGCCUCGCCUGCCUCGCACUCCCAGGCCCUUCAACAACACGCCUCAGACUCCACGCAUGGGCUUCUCAGGAUGGACUGGAGGAGCAGAGAGAGCGAGGUUGCGUCGUAAGAGGAGGAGAGCUCAGCAGCACCGACAACGCAUGGCUAAGAAGGGCUUGUUGCCCAAUCAGCGACCAAGCCGAAAGGUUCGACACAAGGCGAAAGAGCUCAGAGAGGCUGCGGGAGGGGUGACCGAGUAUACACUCUUCACGCCAUUGGCUCUGCCGUAUGCCGCCGCGGAAGAGGGGGCGGCGCAGACGUUGGAGAAGCUCGUAUCCACGAGGAACUGGGUGCAGGUCACAGAGCGACUGCGAAACUAUCGUCAUCAGCUGCGCCAACGCGAUGGUGCGGUGGGCGACAUGGGCCUCGGAGACCCGAACGACGAUCGCCUCGCUCCUCGCGGGCGGAAACAUCACCGCCAUCGACGUCGCAAGCAUGCUGGGGAGCAAAGCAAGAGCACGAGCAUCAAGCCCUCGGACCGUCGCUCAAGGCAUGCUCAUUUUGCAGACGAAGCAGAGGCCCCGCAACAAGAAGAAGGCGGAGGCGAUCUCGGGCAGAUGCAGAUCAUCGUCGAUUCGGAUGACUCGGAUGAUUUCGACUUGGCUCUGCCGCCUCCAGCUCUGGACCUGCACACACCAUCAACGACGAGACCGUCAAGCGCAGACGAUUCUGGUCGGAGACGGGACAGCGUUGAUGUCACCUUCGAGCGAGAGAGGUCUACCGGCUGGCACAUGUCCGAUGUGCCGCUGACACCUAAGGCCUUUGUUCCUCGAGAUAUGCCUGGCAGCAGCGGCGCGCGGAGGCUGACCGCAUCGAGCUCAGACGAAGAGGACGACCGCGACGUCGGGGUCAAUGAUGCAGACGACGAGGCCGAAGAAGAAGCCUUCGGCCCCUCACCUUCUUACGGGCCCUCCCCGCCAGACAUGCCCUCCCGUCGCGCCGGAUCUGGCCCUCAACCGGCAUGGUGGCUGGACAUCUCUUGUCCGACCUAUCGCGACAUGGUCCAGCUGAGCAAGCUCUUUCCUCUCCAUCCGCUCACCGUCGAGGACAUUCUGCAGCAGGAGCCAAGAGAGAAGGUCGAGAUCUUCCACAAGCUGGGAUACUAUUUCGCGAUCAUUCGUUGCGUUGAUGAGCGGUACUUCAAGUACACCACGGACGCCAGAGGGAGGAGAAGCCGCGCCGGGGGCAACGAUGGCGGGAAUGCUGAGAAGACAGGAGUAGAUGGGGAUGGGCAAGGUGCUGCCGCCCCUCCUGGCUCUGAAUCACCAAGCAGCGCUGAACGCACCCAAGCAGGCAGCGGUUCCCUGAAGUCAUUCAAGUCGCCCAAGCUUCCGGAUACCCCUCGCGACUUCCCCGAGUCCCAUGAGAUGAAGGAGCUGAAUGAGAAGCGUUCGUCCCCUCUCGCUCCACCGCCUGCGCGCCCCCUCACAUCCAGGGACAAGGGCAAAGUCGAGCUAGUCGAAGGAGCAGGUGGCAAGGAAGGUUUGGAGGGACUGAGCGUAGGCGCCUGCAACCUCUACCUCGUCGUCUUCGCUCACGGGGUCAUCUCGUUCCAUACGGAGGACGUCGGAUCGCACAUUGAGCGCGUUCGCGGACGAAUGAUGGACGAGGCGGCAAGGGUGGACUUGACAUCGGACUGGAUCUUCCAUGGGCUCUUCGACUCAGUCGUUGAUACAUUCUUCCCGCUAGUGGACUUUGUGGAAGCGGAGGUGACGGAGAUCGAAGCCUGUACGAGCGACGAUCGCACAUUGCUGGCUACGAUGAAUCAGGCUCAGGCGCAGGCGCUACAUGCGCAGGGUGUCAAGGGUGGGCGAAGAGGAGCACUGCCUUCGAACAUCUUUGAGCGCACGCGAAGGAUGCAGUGUCUUGCGCUCAGGGCGCCCCUGCCUCGCGUGCUCAUCAGCUCGUCGACCGCGAAGCGCAUUCCAAGCUGGCUUCUCACCAAACACUGGAUCGACGUGCCCGCCCCAGACGGUGAUGGUGACGACCACGAUGAAGAUGACGAGAUCGCUGCCGCCAAGCGACUGCUUCGCCGGAAGCGCCUCCUCAAACGAGGCCAGCCGGACGCCCAUCUACAAGGCGUCUCCGCCCAGGAGCAGACAGCAAUGUUGCGGCGCAUCUCAGACAAUCGCAAGAUCAUCAACGGUCUCUUGCGCCUUCUUGUGCCCAAGAACGACACGGUGCGUGCUGUGAGGAAGAGGUUGGCCGAGCUGCGCGAGAAGGGUGGCCGAGGCAAUGUCGCUGGAGGUGAUGGCGGCGCUCCUGCGAUGUCCUCGGCAGCCGUAGCAGAAGUUUCAGUCCACAUGGGUGACGUAGGCGACCAUGUUGUCACCCUCUUGUCCCUCCUACACACCGGCGAACACCGCCUUUCUGAGACGCACAGCAAGUACCUCGUAGGCGUCCGCCUCAACAAUAGACGGUCCCGUCUGCAUACGGACGAGGCCCUCGUCGUCCUCGCCUCGGUCACGGUCACCGCUCUGGCCUGCACCAUGUGGCUCGCGACGUUUGGGAUGAACAUCGAGGUGCCCAAGAACGAGCAUGGGAGUAUGACGUACAAGGUGCUCGCGGGCGUGCUUGCUGGACUGGGAAGUAUCCCUGUGCUGAUUGCGACGCAUGUUUGGUUCCUCAAGCGCAACGCGAGGAGGAAGUGGGAGGCUAAGAGGCGGGCCAGAUAGGCGAGAAGGGCCGUGGGGCCGUGGAGCAGAGUUUGACCGUAGAGCAAGAGCAAAGCGGACUGGCGGAUCAUUGUGGGGCAGACAUGGGUGUGAACCAUACCUCGCCUCGCUAACAGUACCAUAGUAGCCGUGGUAAUAAAGAUGUACAUUAGUGCCCUGCAG